UGUCAUGUUGGAAAGCGCAAUCCAAUCCGCUUUUAUGUUUCACAUUACAGAAUUGUGAAUCCGAUAAUCAGAAGAUGGCGACAGCUGAGUCGGAAUCAAGUUUGAAUCCCCCUAAUUCCGAGGCGAAAAAAAGUGAAACUGGUCAAGAAGUUGUCAAUCCUGAAGAUUACAUCAAACAUCCACUACAAAAUAGAUGGGCUCUGUGGUUCUUUAAGAAUGACAAAACGAAAACCUGGCAAGCAAACCUCCGUCUCAUCUCCAAGUUUGACACAGUGGAAGACUUCUGGGCUCUGUAUAAUCACAUCCAACUAUCAAGUAACUUGAUCUCUGGCUGUGACUACUCACUUUUCAAGGAUGGUAUCGAGCCCAUGUGGGAGGACGAGAGGAACAAGCGUGGUGGCAGGUGGCUCAUCACACUUUCCAAACAGCAGCGCAGGGCCGACCUCGACCGCUUCUGGCUGGAAACGCUCCUGUGCCUAGUGGGCGAAGCCUUCGAUGACCACAGUGAUGAUGUAUGCGGGGCAGUAGUUAACAUCCGAACGAAAGGAGACAAACUUGCGAUAUGGACAACAGACUACGAAAACAAGGAUGCUAUUACACACAUAGGACAAGGGUGGAAGGAGAGGUUAGGCGUGCCACACAAGGUGAUCAUCGGAUAUCAAUCACACGCGGACACUGCCACCAAGAGUGGUUCCACCACCAAGAACAAGUUUGUUGUCUAAGGAGUUUUUUUUUGUUGGUUGGUUGUUUUUCCUUUCCGUUUCCAUGGCGUUUGUUGAAAUGCUGUUGCGAAGUUUAAUCUGCUACCCAAUUGAAACCAAAGCUUCAACACACAAUUGCCUUUAUUCAAACAAUUGCAAUAUGAUUUCACGACAAAAUGGUCUCAUUCAUAUUUGCCCUGAAACAAACCUAUACCUUCGAUGAAGGUUGGGAAUAACCAUGAGAAUUGAAAUACCCCAAAAAAUACCCCCCAAAAGUUAUCCAUGUUCUUUUUUUUAUUCGCCAUUUCCCUUUUCUUACUGAGGAUAUACUAGGAGGCUUUUUGUUGAUAUAUUUUAUGUUUAACAGCAUCACACUCGUAGCUGCCAGGGAUUUGUCUCCGUAAGCGUGUUUUCGGGACGCCUAAUUCCAAACUGUAAAAAAAAAUAUAUAUAAAAUAUAUAUAUAUAUUAGUACCAGUCAAAAGUUUGGACACACCUACUCAUUCAAGGGUUUUUCAAUAUUUGUACAAUUUUUUUACAUUGUAAAAUAAUAGUGUAGAUAUCAACUAUAAAAUAACACAUGGAAUCAUGUAGUAACCAAAAAAGUGUUAAACAAAUGAAAAUAUAUUUUAUAUUUAAGAUUCUUCAAAGUAGCCACCCUUUGCCUUGAUGACAGCUUUGCAUACGCUUGGCAUUCUCUCAACCAGCUUCAUCUGGAAUGCUUUUUUUCCAUCUGGAAUGCAGUCUUGAAGGAGUUCCCACAAAUGCUGAGCACUAUAAUGCAUUUUCAGAAUGUAAAAUUGCUUUCAGUGUAAACUUAAACAGCAAAAAACAAAUAAGGAUGUAUAAAAUAUAUGUUUUUUAUUUAUUUAAUAUAAUCUAUCAGUCAUCAAAAUAAUUUCUGAACAGUCAGGAGAAUAAUAAAACAUUCCCAACUCAUCCCAAACCAUCUCAAUUGAGUUGAGGUCGGGUGAUUGUGGAAGCCAGAUCAUCUGAUGCAACACUCCAUCACUCUCCUUGGUCAAAUAGCCCUUACACAGCCUGGAGGUGUGUUGGGUCAUUGUCCUGUUGAAAAACAAAUGAUAGUCCCACUAAGCGCAAACCAGAUAGGAUGGCGUAUUGCUGCAGAAUGUUGUCGUAGCCCUGCUGGUUAAGCGUGCCUUGAAUUCUUAAUAAAUCACUGACUGUCACCAGCAAAGCACUGUCACACCACCUCGUCCAUGCUUCACGGUGGGAACCACACAGGCAAAGAUAAUCUGUUCACCUAUACUUUGUCUCACAAAGACACAGCGGUUGGAUGCAAAAAUCUCAAAUUUGGACUCAUCAGACGAAAGGACAGAUUUCCACUGAUCUAAUGUUCCAUUGCUUGUGUUUCUUGGCCUAAGCAUGUCUGUUCUUCUGUUUGGCGAAGGCCUGAUUCACACAGUCUCCUCUGAACAGUUGAUGUUGAGAUGUGUCUGUUACUUGAACUCUGUGAAGCAUUUAUUCGGGCAGCAAUUUCUGAGGCUGUUAACUAAGGAACUUAUCCUCUGCAGCAGAGGUAACUCUGGGUCUUCCUUUCCUGUGGCGGUCCUCAUGAGAGCCAGUUUAAUAAUAGUGCUUGAUGGUUUUUGCGACUGCACUUGAAGACACUUUCAAAGUUCUUGAUAUUUUCCGGAUUGACUGACCUUCAUGUCUUAAAGUAAUGAUGGACUGUCAUUUCUCUUUGCUUAUUUGAGCUUUUCUUGCCAUAAUAUGGACUUGGUCUUUAACCAAAUAGCCUUAUCUUCUGUAUACCACCCAUACCUUGACACAACACAACUGAUUGGCUCAAAUGCAUUAAGAAGGAAAUUCUAGAAAUGAACUUGAAAUGCAUUCCAGGUAACUACAUCAUGAAGCUGGUUGAGAGAAUGCCAUGAGUGUUUGAAGAAUCUCAAAUGUAAAUUAUAUUUUUUGAGUUAUUACAUGAUUGCAUAUGUUAUUUCAUAGUUUUUAUGUCUUCACUAUUAUUCUACAAUGUAGAAAAUAGUAGAAAUACAGAACCCCUGGAAUGAGUAGGUGUGUCCAAACUUUAGACUGGUAGUGUAUGUGUAAAAUGUAGAGAGAGAUCUACAUUUUCGGGAAUAUAAACUUAAGUAGCAAUAUAAUAUCAUCUUUGAGAACUAACAAUUAUCAAAAUAAACCCUGAACAGUCAGGGGAAUUUAAAAUUCCCAAAACAAUUGAUCAGUAUUUAAGUUGGAUGACAUCAGAUGUCAUAAGGUGAAUGCACCAAUUUGUAAGUCGCUCUGGAUAAGAGCGUCUGCUAAAUGACUUAAAUGUAAAUGUAAGUUUGAGCAGAAUAAGACAGUAUUAGCCAAGGCAAAAUGCAUAGAAUUGCAGUUUGUUCUUUAACUGCUAAAUGUUCUCUCAGGUCCAUCGCAAAAUGUUUAGAAUUGGAAGAAAUUAACUUGUAAAUAUUAAAAUGUAAAUAAAAAAACAUCAAUAUUGGGGGCCUAAAAUGUGUUUACUAAAUUCAGCAGCACUGACCACGCCCCCUUUCCAAGCCCACCACCUAAGCUCCUUUUUGAUCCCAAAAAACACAGCCAGGGUUAUCUUUUUGCCAAAUGUAGUUUGUUUUACCAGAUCUAAAGAAGUGCUGUAGUUUCCUCCAUUGAAUCUCAGUUCAUUAUUUUCAAUUGGUUUAGCCUUAAAGUGGUGAAAGUUGACCGAUACUAUAGUUUUGCUUUCAGUAAAAUGUUCACAACUUUUGGUAUUGCAGAUCUAUUUAGUGUUAUUUUUAUUUCUCUCACAAUAUUGUAUUCUUCAUGUAAACCUGUAUUGUUUUUAAAAAACAUUUUCUAAGCGCAUCAAGAUGCUUUAAUAAAGUGUAUGUAAAACUGUACUUGUAUUCAUUGGAGGUGUAUUAGGUGUAACUGAAUGCCUUGCUUUGGCACCUUGUCCUGCUCCUAUGAACAUGGUACAAAAGAUGACUGUAAAUAAAUGUAAACUAUGUUGUCUUGAUGCUGGAAAUUGAGAGAGAGUAUUCUGUUUAAAUGGAUGUUGAUGCCUGUAGUCUUGUUCAAAACUACUGUUUCAGAGAAGCUUUCUUCAUCUGUAUCAAGUCCCACCAGACUCAUUCACAGUGCAAUUGUAUGCCUAAAAAGGUGAUAAAGGUAUUUGAUUUAUUUUCCACGAGCCAUUCAAAAGAGCACAUCAAGAUAAACCUCUUAAUGAUGCACUCCAUGACUCCAUAAAUGACUCCAUAAACAAAUGUUUAACAUGUCAUUUGAAUUCGAAUCGUAACAAAUCACCCAAAUAUAUAUUUUUUGAAGGGUGUAAUAUAAGAUAUCGAUGACUUGGUGCACAAUUUGACAUACUACACAAAAAACAGGGACCAUUUUUAGCACCUGACCACCACUUUCAAAACUACUGUCUGGCUGAAUUUAUACUGAAGUUUCAGAGUGCGUUGUUCAUUCUCAUUUUCAUGCAAUUAUUCUAAAAUCCGCAAAAGGAAAAUGUGGAUUUUCCCACCAGUGGUGUUUCUACAAAACAGACUUGCUGUGGAUAAAAGUCUGCGUGAUGAUGUAGUGCACACAAAAUGUACUAUUUUGCUUAAGUUUUCAUUUACCAAAUAAAAAUCUGCUGCUCCUUU